AUGGCUACCACAUGUAUUUUUCGUUUGGUCUGGCGACGUCUGAAAUUACAGUCAAGGGUCCAAGGAGUAAAUUACUCAGUUCAGCGGCAUUUACUCAGUGAUGCAUAUCUUUGUCAGGAAGCUUGGAAAAAAAGAUUAAAUGCACCAGAAUUAAAAGUUCCUUGCGAUGAAUUCCUUACGAAGUUGUUUGACAAAUACGAGAAAGAUAAAAUGAUUUCAGUAGUUGACAUCUCGAUUUUGGUCAACAAGAUUUCAGAACUGGAUGAAAAUGAUUUGAAAAUGGUUGAAAGUCUACUUUAUAAGUUCCGCCAUUGCCGAAGCGCGCAUGAUAUAACUGACUCUUUGGCUUACAGUUUAGUCCGUUGUUACAUUGAGAUCAACAAGGCUGAGCGUUUGAUUCCAAUUUUGAAGAACAAGGUUAAUUAUGGAAUUUUCCCAAACUGUCAAACAGCUAAUAUCCUAAUGGACCAUUUCAUAAAGGCUAAGAAAUACAACAAUGCAGCUGAAGUGGCUUAUGAGAUGAUGUUGCAAGAAGAUUUCAGCCAUAGAGCUACUGCCCUCCUUUCUCUCUACUCGUGCAUCAAACAUUUCAUGCACAUGUCACCACCAGACACAGUGGAAGAAGCUGCUGCUCCAGAUGAAGAUGAAGAAGAGAAUUGGAUAAAGUUAAGGUACAUAAACAAACCUUACUAUGAUGAUCAUUUUGAUAUUACUGAACCAAAACUGCUACUUGGGAAGACAUUGGUAGCUUUGGGUAAAGUCUUCAAGGAAAAUACAAUCCUCAGUAACUCUUUGCAAGUUGUUGGAUGGGCUCUUUAUGAAAAGUUUGACAAGGGACUCAUAUUUUUGGAAUCAUGUUUGAAUGAACCAAUCCAACCCUCUAUUUAUGAAGAAGUGAUAUUAAAGUUUGAAGAGUGCCUUAAAGAAGCCAGUAUCCAAGACCCAAGUAAAAUCCAAAAAGAACUUGGACUUCUUACAAAAGAUGACAUCAGAGAAGAAUUGAAAGUCACAGCUGAAGAAAAAGAAGCUUAUCUUGAACGGUUUAAAGUGAUUUUUCAAGAAUUCAAAUCUGAAGCAAAACUCCUGAAAGGGAAAGCCAAUUUGGAAUGUGAAGUGGAUGAUCUUACCUUAAAGGAACUGCCGGAUUUGGAAAAGCCAGACAUUGAAAAACAAAUCCAUGAUUUUUUGCAGUGGGAGACAGACAGGGAACAUCUUCUGAAAGCCCAAAUUGAGAUGUAUCAGCGCCUGACAAAGCGAAAGGAAAUAGAAGAGAAACUGUUGCAAUUGCAGGAGAAGGAGGAGAUCCUUACAUUCUUUGAGUCAAAACACAAGCUCAUGCUUGCAGCUGAUCUUGGCCGAAGACGUAUUGAGAAGGAAGAAAAAAGGGCUUAUAAGCCAAAGUCUGUAGAUGAAUUUGAUGAAGAUGGUCAAAAUAUUCAAAAAGUUAAAGGGGAAUUCAAGAAAAAGAAAAUAUAA